AUGUCUGGUAUCUGCCGCACGCGUCUGACCGAAGAGCGCAAGCAAUGGCGCAAGGAUCACCCAUUCGGUUUCUACGCGAAACCGACAAAGGCGGCAGACGGAUCGAUGAACUUGCUCGAAUGGGAGGUUGGCAUCCCGGGUAAAGAGAACACGCCUUGGGAACACGGUGUAUACAAGCUGCUUAUGAUCUUUCCGGAAGACUACCCAUCUAAGCCGCCCAAGUGCAAGUUCACACCGCCACUUUUCCACCCCAAUGUAUACCCGUCUGGCACCGUCUGCUUGUCUAUUCUGGACGAGGAGAAGUCGUGGAAACCCGCAAUCACGAUUAAGCAGGUCGUGCUUGGUAUCCAGGCACUGUUGAACGAUCCCAAUGUCAACGAUCCCGCACAAAGUGAGGCCUAUACGAUGUUCAAGAACGACAAGGUCGCAUAUGAACGAAGGGUCCGUCAACAGGCUCGAGAGAACAUACCGAAGUGA